AUGAAGCUUAUUAUUAUUGUAUUAUUUCUUAUAUUCUUCAAAACUUUUGCUCUUAAAUUCUCUUUAAAUUGUGAUGAUAUUGAUUAUAUAGACAUCAAAUUUUUAGCAAAUCAUCAGGUCGCAUUAAUAAUAGAUGGACCAGAUAAAUUAGAAAAUACUGAUAAUUUCGCAUGUUGCUUGCAACAGGGACCAAUGAUGAUUAGUAAUUAUUCGUUUAACUAUAAUCAAUCCCUGAUUUAUACUGUUGUAUCAGAUACUACAUGGGAAAAUGGAUACACUAUGGAUAAUAUCUUAAAUGCGAAUAAUUGUUUGAGUAAUAAAUAUUUUGAUUGUAGUACAAUUUAUCAAGGAGAUCAUUAUUACACGCGAGCUGACAAUUAUGAUCCCACAAAAUUUCCCUCUCCGGGAGAUAUUAUUGGGUUUAUAGUUAAUGUAUAUGCUCAUUGUUUUAAUUACUGCGAAACGACUUGCUUAAAAUCUUGUUUGUUUACUGGUGGCAUUUCUUAUGAUCCACCAGAAUAA